AUGGGGCCCUCUCUGCUUGUCCGAGGCCCUCGGUCCUGGGGCAUGAAUUCUCCAUAUCGCAGGCCAGGUAUCAGCUGGCCUAGGCCCCGGUUUCCUAGGAUGUUCAAGAGUAGCCGCAGAAGGUACUGGCAGAAACCCCAAGGCCCAACAGGCAUCAGUGCAGCCAACAAUCGUGCUACCAUGACCACCAAUAUCAACAACACCCAUGCUGCCACCACCAGGGUGUGGAUCUUGCCACCUCGAGGCUCUCAGAGGCAGCAGCAGCCAGAGGACACCUACCACCUCAGCUUAGGUGGCCCCCUGGAUGACUGGAUGGGGUAA